AUAGUAUCACAGUAAUCCUAGAUUCAAGUUUCUAAAAACAUUGUUAAAAUGUUAAAGGUUUCUUCAUAAAAUUUGGUUCAUUUCCCAUUUUCGUAGCCUUUCGACAAUCAAACUGAAAUUGGAUUCCGCCGCGGCUCUUGUGGAUCUGGCCCCUUGACACCCCCCUUCUGAGGUCCUGCAGAUAUUAUCCAUAAGCAUCCACUGAACCCCUGGUCUAAGCAGUUUGCAAUGGAAGUGACAACCGCCCAAUGCACGUCCUUCGCCGUCCUGUAUCUGUUGCUUCUGGCCACCAUGGUGCGCCCUAAGAUGAACUUCACCGUGUACGUGGACACCUUCUUCUUCCGAGCCCACUACUCGGCCAUCAUGAUGCUGGGCUAUCGGUUCGACAUCUUUAUGGCCGUGGUGGGCGCUCCUCUGAGCGCCGCCACCGUCUACGCUGUGUCCAAGUGGAAGGAGGUGGAGGCGAGCGAGAAUCCGGCCAACCAGAAGAUGAUCAUCACGGCGGUGGUCAGUCUAUAUGUCAUAGUCCUGGUGUCGAAUGUAAUGGUCAAUGGGAUGGCGUUGCAGCAGGCGCUCAUCCACUUCGGCCAGUGUCCUCGGAAGGCGUGGCGCAUGUACGCCCAGAUGGCGGCUUCCGUUUUCCAGACUAUGGGUUCGGAUAUACAGGCCGCGAUCACCACGAAAAAGAUCCAUAAGCCGCGGCUCGUCUAUCGUCUGCACUGAACGUGUUGUAGUUUCUGAAAAACUCCGUUCAAGAUGAAUCCAUUUAAUUUUCAGUAGUCAAAUUACCUGUUUCUAUCCUAUACCGCUAUCCUAUACCCCAAAAAUCCUGUCAAUAGCUAAAUAAAUUUUGAGUCUAAAGUGAAAUA